AUGCAUAUAAAAAAAAAUCUAUCCGGUGAUCAGCAUUCGUCAGAACAACAUAUACAUGUUCGCAUGACGGAGUACCUUAAACGGCCCAAAACCAUGAUCGGCGUGCCCUAUAUAUGGCUCCGGAUCUAUGACGCGAGAUUAAGCUUGCAUACCUUCCUUUUCCAGACUCGAUGCAAGUCGUCGAUCUGUAAAAGUUACGCCUCAUAUAUAAAGCUGUGGAAGACACAACUCACAUAUUCUCACUGCACUUGCAUCUUGACACUCUUGCCUUUUGCUGACGGGUUGUGUGACCAGUGUUCAUCGCUACUGCAGUAUCGCGGCCUAAGUCGGCUAAAAUUACUGACAAUCAUGUUCAAGUUAGCUUCUGGUACUGGUGGUCAGGAGGAAGGCCGCAAUCACUUCGUGUUUCGCUCAGGUGCGACCUGA